AUGGCAGAUACCAUGCCUGUCUGCCGUUUUUGUGGUCUGUGUCAAGAAGAGAGCGACCUCCGUCGUGUAAAGGCUAAAGACACCUUGCUACUCUUGUUGUGUAUCAUGGUGGAGAAGGAAGAACUGAGUUUGUCGGAUGCGCACGGGGUUUAUAAUGAAUGCGUGCGUUUACGCAAACGCAUCUGUAGACGUCAUUAUAGUGAAGCGGCUACCUAUAUUGGUGAUGCAGUGAGCACGAUAUGCAAAGUUGUUGUGAGCGAUCUAUUCACCGAGACCGAAGAUCGGAUGUUGUCACAAAGAUCAGAGGACUUGAAUACAAGUAGAACCUCUGAGGGAGUUUGUACGCAACAGUCCCAGUCCACAGAUCCACUUUCCCAAUAUACAAAUCCAUCGGAUUCAACGAUAGGCUCUCAGGACAUUGUGGAGUUGGAUGAAACAGACCCUGUUCUGCUCGAUCGCCAUUUCCUUAUAAAGGGAAGCCAGUUGCUGAAGCUUUUCCGUUUUUGCCCAUCUUGCGGCUCCAAAAUAUCAGAGUCGAAAAGAUGUGUGCGUCUGAGGGCUGUUGGAACAGCUCCUGUCGUGGAUUACAUCUGCACGACUUGUUACCCAUUCGAAAAACGCUUCGAAGGACAGGAAAGGGCAGUUCCACAUCCCAAAGAGAAGUCAUUCAGAGGGAAUGUCCAGGCUGUUGUUGCUGCCAUAACAACGGGAACCAGAUAUGUGGAACUGCAACGGUGGGCUGAAGAAGCUGAUAUUGCUCUUUUUUCAAAGAGUUUCUUCUACAAAAUUUUCUCGGUCGCUGCUCCGUGCAUUGAACGAGAAUACAUGUGGCACCAGCAGACUGUCUUAUCGAUAAUUAGGGAAGAGUACAGGCCCGCUGGAGACGUACAAGCUCUAUAUAUGCUGUCGACGCUCCAUUUCAACACGCUGCGCCUCGCUGAGAGAAACGGUAGCAGAACGGUCGCGAGAGUGAUACGGGUCAAAAGAAAGUUUUUGGCUCGUCAGUCGACCGUCGUGAUCAAAACGCCCGUGAAGCACGAGUGGCGAAGGAGCAUCUUACGUCGUGUCUUAGACCUGAGGAUGGAGAUGCUGCAGAAGGGCAGCAAAGGAAUUUUGGAUCCUGCAGAGGUUCCACUUCACUUCCAACAGCUCGCAGAAGUGGAAGACUCUGCAGCUGAUCUACAAGCCCAGGUGAUGAGAGUAGAGGGCCUUCGUAGUGGUCUGAUAGAGGGCUUAGAGCUAGAUAUGAUGGAGGAUCCCGAAUACACUGACGACAAUAGGCUCCUCCAGAUAGCUUACAACAUUGUGAAUUACAAUACUAACACGGGCGAUCCUAACACCCAAUAA